GAAGGCGAUUAUCGCUGCGAUCGUCGUGGGGAUGGUUUCCUCUGUUUUCGUUUUCGACAUGUACUUUGGCUACGAACUCCGCCGGCAAGUCCCGCUGAUCGCCGGUGCCAUGGCGCUCCGCUUGUAUCUGAACGCGUUGGAGAGGUCCGGGAUGGCGCCGUGGUUCAUGAUGCUCAGCGUCUACGCAAGCAUUCUCGCGAUCAUCCUGGCGCCGCAGGCCGGCGUUAUUUCGCCUUUUAGUAAUUAUGCCACAAUAGGAGCAUCAAGCGCUGGUCUUCUACCCGGAGCAGGUGGCUCAACAUCUUUGGAUUCAACAGGAAUAAUAAACUAUCCAACUUUCUCCGCUUUGCGGUUGUUUUUCACCGCCGUCGCCUUCGCGGUUCCCUGUUUGUACCUCGG